AUAUGUUUAUCUCAUGCUAUUAGAGUGACCAUGACUUCCACAAGGUCAGGGACUGCAUCUUAAAUCAUCUGCCACGAUUGCCUGGUCCAUUGUUACAUACUCAGUAAAUUCUGCUUUUUUACAGUCAAAGGCCAUUGGUUUGUUAGAUGUGGAUGUGUAUGGCCCUUCAAUUCCAAAGAUGAUGAAUCUGAAAGGAAAUCCAGAAUUAUCACAGAGCAACCUAAUGAGACCUCUUUUGAAUUAUGGUAUUGCUUGUAUGUCUAUGGGCUUCCUGAUUGAAGAGACUGCGCCAGUCGUUUGGAGAGGCCUUAUGGUCAUGUCAGCCAUUGAGAAACUGUUGAGGCAGGUAGAUUGGGGUCAACUGGACUAUUUAGUUGUUGACAUGCCACCAGGAACCGGAGAUGUGCAGUUAUCGGUCUCACAGAAUAUUCCUAUUUCAGGUGCUGUGAUUGUCUCCACGCCCCAGGAUAUUGCACUGAUGGAUGCACACAAGGGUGCUGAGAUGUUUAGAAAAGUCCAUGUACCUGUUCUUGGCCUUGUCCAAAACAUGAGUGUUUUCCAGUGUCCAAAAUGUAAACACAAAACUCAUAUUUUUGGUGCUGAUGGUGCAAGGAAACUAGCGCGGACCCUUGGUCUUGAUGUUCUAGGAGACAUUCCUUUACACCUUAAUAUAAGGGAAGCUUCAGAUACAGGCCAGCCAAUUGUGUUUUCACAGCCUGAAAGUGAUGAGGCCAAAGCUUACCUGAGGAUUGCGGUAGAAGUGGUAAGAAGGUUGCCACCACCUCCAGAAUGAUUCCCCAAGUGUCCUGGAAAUCUGCCUGGUACUGAUAAUAAGAGGAUCUUUGGAAAUCAGCAGUGUGGUAGUGGAACCUACAGAAAUAGUAGCAAUCAUAAUUGUUUUCUUUUAUUUCUAAGGAAGUAAUGUCUUGUUUUAGAUUUGAUUUGAUAAGCUAUGACUCACAAAUUUUUAUGUUUCAGUGCUGAGUGUAUUUAGGAAUUUCUUUGAAAGAUGAUGUGUACCAACUAUGCAGAAUUGCAUUUUAUUUUUAUUGAAUUACCCCUUGAGGAAUCAUGAGUUCAUGAUUUUGCAAGCCCCGAUUGGACAGAACUGUACUCUUUUUGCCGGACCACAGAGUUAGUCAUUUAAAAGGUUUAUUAAAUUUGCGUAUGGACAUAAAAGUGUGACACCUCCCCACCAGGCACUUUGGUCUGGCUUUCAAUCCUGUCUUUAGUCCUAUCUCGGACAUAUUCUUAAUAUGGAUGAGCCUCUGCUUCUUCAUCUGGAUCAGACUGUAUCCCAGACUUAAUGAACCUGAAUCUCCAGAGGUGGGGCCUGGACAUGUAUGUUUUUAAUAAGAUCAUGAUGAUGGUGAUGAUGAUUCUGAUUAUCAUGGCAAAAAUAAUAAUAGCUAACUUUUAUCAUGUGCUUUCUAUAUGUCCUUAUAGUUAAUCUUCCAUUUUUAGGAGUGGGGUACUAUUGUUAUGUCCAUUUACAGAUGAGGAAACUAAGGCAUAAGAAGGUUAAAUGUCUUGCUGAGGAUUACUUUAUCUAGCAAAUGAUGGAGCCUGGGAUUUGAACUUGAGUAGUUGGAUACUGGAUUCCUCCUUUUAUACACCAGUGUGCAUUUGUUAAUUAUAAAGGGGAGGAUAUAGUAUGUAACAUUUCC